CCACCAGUUAGUCAUUGCUUGUCCUACUUUUCUGAAGUCAAGGAGUACUCACAUAAAGAGCAACUUGUUCAGUGACGGAAAAGGUCAUUUCUGCUGGCCAAGCGCUUGGAAAGGAGACAGGAAGCAUAUUAUUUUUAAAAGCUGAAUCGGCAAGCGUUGCGGCGAGAUGGGUUCUACCUCCUCCAGCUCCCAGUUCACCUCCAGCCGAGCGCUAGCUCUGGCUGCCCUGGCGCUCGUCCUACUGCUGUGCCUGGGGCCAAAUGGCACGAGAGGAAACAGACUCAAACUCCUGCUUCAAAAACGAGAAGCAUCUGAUCCAACCAAGACAGAAGUUUCAGUAGGUGAAAGCAAAGCAAAGGAAUUUUUAAGCAACAUGAAACGCCAGAAACGCCAGCUGUGGGACCGAAGUCAGCCAGAUGUACAGCAGUGGUACCAGCAAUUUCUCUAUAUGGGUUUUGAUGAAACUAAAUUUGAAGAUGAUGUUACUUAUUGGAUAAACAGAGGUCGGGAUGGCCAUGACUACUAUGGAGGUUACUACCAACGUCAUUAUGAUGAAGAUGCAGCCAUUGGACCUCGGCAUCCCCACGGUUUCAGGCACGGAGCCAGCGUCAACUAUGAUGAUUACUGAGUGCCUUUUCUGAUGCUCUGGAUAAGGCACUUUGUUUUGUUUUUAAAUUUAUCUCAUAGGGUUGUUGUGAGGAUCAGAGGCAAUAAUGUGUAUGUAAAGCACUUUGCAAACCAUAAGCACCAUAUAAAUGUGAGCUGUUAUUAUUCCUGUUUUACUAGUGUGUUUUGAAAAGAUUUUUGUUAUAAUCACUGCCAAACCAAAAAAAAAAAAAGAUCUCGUCCAUGUCUUCCUAUAAGUUCAAUAUGAGUGGGUCCACUCCACAUACUGGAGAACUUCCUCAUUUUUUCCUGUCAUUGGGAGGAAGAAAUGAGAUUAUGCAAGGUCUAAACAGUUUAAUUAAAAAAAACAACACAGCAACCAUCAAGGAUGGUACAGAGGAUGCUAAAAGUCUUCGGGCAGUAUCUUAAGACUGCCCGAAGACUUUUGAGACACCCUGUGUAUUAAUUUUUAAGAAAUAACACUAGUAUUUUAUUUGUUUCUGUGUCCCUAUUUCUUGUGUAUAUCUUUUAAUCAUAUUUUGUUGCUUCUUUUUAAAAAAAUAUAAUCAUAGUCAGCAAGUAUAUUGUUGUUCUGAUAUUGUAUUCUUCAUUCUACAUCUCUUUCUAUAGAUCUUUCCAUGUUUGCAGUCUUAUAUUUGUCACUUCUGAAUGACACAAUAAUCCAUUCUGAUGUAUUUUCUAUCUCAUGCUAUAUUUCUGUUUUAUUUUAAUCCGUGUAUGUCUUUCUCUUUAUGACUCUAAUGCAAUUGCUAAAGAACAAUCAAAAUGUCAUCCGAAGUUUGAUGUAGGUAUGUAUUGAUAUAUUACAUCUUAUACUCAAAAUAAACUUUUGUUUAAAAAUGC